UCUGAUUUAGAUGAAGCUUAAAGAAAAACAUUUCCAGUGAUGAGUUUCAGAGGAUUUUGUUGAGACUUUGUUGUUCAGAGGUGCGACCGGAGCCUACAGGUCAUCAUUAGUCAUGACAAGGAGUCUCCGACACAAACGUGGUCCAUCCGUACCGUGCAACCGGUAGAGCUUCUGGAGUAGCCUAGACCCAAAGUAAGUAACCUCAACAUAACAGUGUUAAAAAUUAUUCACAAUGCAACCGCUUGUCCAUUUAUAUUUUCACUGCAUAGUACGAAUGCAGGUCAGUGUUAGAGUGUGUAUAGCCAUGUAUGAUAUAUUUGUUAAUUUUAUUAUGCUAAACCACUGAGCUACUUUUUCCAUUAUUUUUCUUUAUAAGCGCGCUUGAUGGACAUGCUUGUGUUAAGCACGCGUCUCGUUAUAAGUAACAGAAAUUGCACAGCUGGAAUAAAUGUUACGUUGUAUUGAAUAGUAAAAUCAUUGUAUCCUUCAGAGCGACACAGAUUUCCCUUUUCUGAAGUGAGAAUGCAUUCAGACAUAUGACUACUGCACUAAUUUAACUAACUCAUUCUUAUUCCCUCUCAUGCAAGGUCGUAUUUUUAUUUAUUUUUUAUUAUUAUUUACUUAGUGUAAAACAUAAUCCAAAUUAAUGAACAGCCAUUUUAUUACUGAUGUUCACAUUCAGGUGCAGUGACAAGCGUUCGGUAAACUCACUAAUACAUUUAACAAUAUAGGAAAAAAUGACAUUCAAACAACACUGCUUAGUAGAUUAUUCAUUUCCCUGAUAGCACACCUAGAUAUCUCAGAGACGUCUAUUUAAUGUGUGUGUUUUCAGCAUUAGCUCAUCUGCAGUACAUCCCUUUCGAGAAUUAACCAUGGUUUUACUAUAUUAAAAGUGUGUUUUUGGCAUAUUGAAUACCAUUUGUUUAACCAUAGUUUUACUACAAAUACCAUGGUUAAACUAGCAAAACCAAGGUUAAUUUGUGGUUACCAUGGUUUAACUCAUCAUUAUCAUUUUAUUUAUUUAUUUUUGGUUUAAUUUGUAGUAAAACCACAUGGUUAAUUUUCGUAAGGGAUCUCUGAGAUGCUUCCUGUCAGAUGUUUAAUAGACAUUGAGGGAAUGCCUUUAAGAUGGUUAGGGUUUAGAAUGUAUGGAGAACUGACUUUUUAAAGACAUUUAUCAGAUGUUUGUUCACAGCAGAUGCUUUCCAGAAUCUUUGCACUUUAUUUUCACUAUUUCUUGCAGUGGCUUGUUCCACCUGCAGUCCACUUAACAUACUUUACAUAUUAUAGCUACGAAAAUGAAAAUGAGACACAUACAUAACAUGAGGAACUGCAGCACGAGCAGCUACUGAGUGUGAGUCACAAUCUUGUGAAUGUAAAACACAUUUAGAAAAGCCUACUCAAAGAGAAUACUAUGCACCGUUGAAGCCUAUGAUCAGUUUUACUAGCGCUCUACUGAAUGUUUAAUGUUGUCAUGCUGUAACUUGAGUGGAAAUGAUUGAUUACAAAAAACUUUUAGAGCUUUAAAAGCUUUUUUACAUGAAAAAUGAAUACAAAUAAAUAAAGGGAAUCACAAACAUUUUUAAAAUUAAUCUAGUCAUGCUGAUGUCAUCAACUAACUUCAUGCAGUCGAAUUCUGGCAAGCAAAUUAUUUCAGUUUCACAUAGAAAGUGUUGGUUUCCUUAUUAUACAAUACACAUUUCUGAAACCAUUAAAGAUAACUGAUUAUCAUUCAACAAUCAGUGUUGAUCCUUUCAUCUGUGAGUGUCCCUGAUUAUCUAACACUGUCUGCAUAUCUGUCUGUCCUUUGCUUGUGAUCUCUGUCUCGAUCAGUGUACAUACAUGAAAUGAGAUGUAUACAUGUGUUUUGAUGUCAAAUGGUGACGCUCUUGAAAAACCAGUUUCAUUUGUUUCCUGUAAUGGGUCUGAUUUUCUGUAAGCUUAAAGAAAAAACAUUUCCAGUGAUGUGUUUCAGAGGAUUUUAUUGAGAUUGUGGUUCAGAGGUGGAACAAGAAUAAAUGCCAUCAUUAUUUAUGGUAAGUUGGAAAAUACUACUUAAGAAAAUAUUGACCUAUCUGGAUUUAAAGUUUAUAGACCUUAUAGUUAUAAAAUUGCUACAUUUGUUUACAUAUAUACAAAUGCAAAAUGAUGUUUUGUUUGAUAACCAAACAUCUAACAACUAGAAAAAGCAGGGAAUAGGAUUGGCUCAAUAGCACAAUUUUGGCUUCGUAGUGAUACCAGAAUCUAGUACCUUGGUAUCAAUACAAAGUCAGUUAUUAGGUGACAAAUAACUGCUUCAAAAGAUAAGUUAAUUAUUUUUUAUAAUCUAUAAAGUGAUAAAGGCUAUGUCAAUUAGCAUCACAUUAUAAACAUAAAUUUUUCUUGCGAAAAUAAUACCAAAAUAGUUUGAAGAACACAGAUAGCCCAUGUAUUGUCAUUUUUGUGUGUUUAUUGUCUUAAUGUUUCAUUCAGUCAAAACGUUUCUAUAUGUUUUUACAGAGUGCUGCAGGUAUGAUGUCAAAACCCAGAAGAGUAAUUCACCUGAGUUGUUCAAGUUGACAGUACUUUAACUUUUUGCUCUACAAGAUCCGUAUCGGCUGCACCCUGAUUGGAGCAUCUCUAAUCAAAUCAAGAGUUUGGUAGGACACUGAACAUCCUGAGGAAGAUGAACCAGAACAAUAUCACUGAACAGUUAGAGAACAAACCCGAGGAUGUGCAGACAAGAGGUGACACUGAAGUCAGUGUUGGUCUGAAAGCUGUAAGAGGUGCAAGCAUAAAUGCUUCUGUAAUAACUGGAAAUGUUUUUAAAGGCACAGUACACAUCAACUACAGCUUAAACCCUGCAGAACACAGUACACCAACAAAGAUCAAUAAGGGCUCAGCUGCAGAGUACAGUAAAGCUGCUCAUCAUGAUUACAGAAAUAUCAGCCUCAGACUGAAAAACAAAUUACAGCAGGAGUACAAGUCGGGUCAUCUAGAACUUCUGACAGAAAUUAAGACUGAUCUGUAUGUGGUGGAGAAUGUGACCGGAGGAAUGGUGUGUGAACAUGAUGAGGUGAUGAGGAUCGAAGCUGCCAAUCAGUUUGCUGAGACAGACACACUGAUCCAGUGCAAUGACAUUUUUAAAAGCCAGCGUGAUACGGGUGAACAAAACAGGAAAGUGUUGACUAUGGGGAUCUCAGGGGUGGGAAAAACUAUCUCUGUUAAUAAAUUAAUUCUUGACUGGGCUGAAGGAAGAGAAAAUCAAGAUAUACUCUUCAUAUUUCCACUCCCAUUCCGUAGACUGAAUAUUAUUAAAACUAAGUACAGUCUCAUGGGACUGCUGAACAAAUGCUUCUUUAGUGGUCCUGAAGAACUGCCCUCUCUUCCUGAAGAUGAUGGUAAGGUCAUGUUCAUCUUUGAUGGACUGGAUGAGUGUCACUUUCCUUUUAGCUUUAAAAAGGGCGACAGAAUUACAGAUGUGAAUAAAAAAACAACAGUGAGUAAGAUAGUAACAAACCUGAUCGAGAGACAUCUGGUUUCUUCUGCUCUCAUCUGGAUCACAUCCAGACCAGCAGCAGCCAGUCUGAUACCCCGAGACUACAUUGAUCAGGUGACAGAAGUGCGAGGAUUCAAUGAUGAGCAGAAAGAGCAAUACUUCAUCAAAAACAGCAGUCCUGAGGUUGCUGGAAACAUCAUCCAUCACAUCAGGAAAUCCAGGAGUCUGUACAUCAUGUGCCACAUCCCCGUCUUCUGCUGGAUCUCUCUCACUGUUCUUCAGCCUCUGCUGGCUCGAGAGAGCAAUGACAAAACUCCCACAACUCUCACAGAGAUGUACACAAGCUUCUUACUUUCUCAGAAUCAACAGAUGGAAAGAAAAUAUAACCCGGAACUUAAAUCCAAAGUCAAGUCUUUUGAUCAGAUUGUUCUAAAGCUUGGGAAACUGGCCUUUCAACAGCUAGAGAAAGGAAAUCUGAUUUUCUACAAAGAAGAUCUUGAGAAGUGUGGACUAGAUGUCAGUGAAGGGUCAGUGUUAUCUGGGUUAUGCACUCAGAUCUUCCAGAUGGGAAGCUCUCUUUCAGAGAGAAAGGUUUACAGCUUCAUACAUCUCAGCGUCCAGGAGUUCCUCGCUGCUAUUUAUGUGUUUUUCAAAUAUAAAUGUUAUGGAAGGAAUGCCUUUCUUCAAUUUGAGAGAGGAAAAUUUACAUUGAAACGCUCCAAAGCAUCAUUAUUUGACCUUCACAAGGCUGGGAUUGACAAAGCUUUACAAAGCAAAAAUGGACACCUGGACCUUUUCCUCCGAUUCCUCUUGGGUCUCUCACUGGAGUCCAGUCAGAGUGACCUGAAGGAGCUGCUGCCACAGCUGGAACUAAAACCUGAGAAUCUCAAAGGCACUGCAGACUAUAUCAAAAAGACAAUAGAGAAAGAAAAUUCUGUGGAGAUGAUUAUCAACCUCUUAUACUGCCUGGUUGAAAUGAAAGAUGACUUUGCUGAGGAUAUCCAGAAGAUUCUGAGCUCAGGAAAUCUUUCAGCACAGCGUCUCUCAUCAGCUCAGCGGUCAGCUCUGGAGUUCAUACACCUGAUGUCAGAGGCACAGAGAUCGCCGGUGUCCACCAGAAGACCAUCUGUGGAUCAUGGAGGAGACCGAAUGACAGCAGGACUACGAAACUAUGCUUUUGAUCUCACGCUGGAUCCAAACACAACAUACAUUCGUCUCUGUCUGUAUGAGGACAACAGGAAAGUGAAACAUGUGAAAAAGUGCCAGUCGUAUCCUGAUCAUCCAGACAGAUUUGAGCACUAUGAGCAGGUUCUGUGUGUUGAGAGUCUGACUGGACGCUGUUACUGGGAGGCUGAAUGGAGUGGCUGGGUUAUUAUAGCAGUCACAUAUAAAGGAAUCAGCAGGAAAACAGGAAGUGACUGUCAGUUGGGAUUCAAUGACAAAUCCUGGAGUCUGUGGUGCACUGAUAAUGGAUUUGCUGUCUGGCACAAUAAUGUCAGGACUGACUUACCGGCUCCUUCACUCCUGUCACACAGAUUAUGACUGUAACUCUACGUGUCGGCCGGCUCUCUGUCCUUCUACAGCGUCUCUGACACACACACACUCACACACUUACACACAUUCAACACCACAUUCACUGAACCCCUCUGUGCUGGAUUUAGGGUUUAUUAUGCUUCUUCAGUAUCGCUCUGUCAGAUUACAACACCCACCAGUCAACCAUAAUGCCUAUUAAUGCAGAGUGUUCAUCCCAGUCACAUGUGAAACUCGUCUGCAAAAUCACCAACAGGUGGGUGAAUGGACAGUUACAGUAAAUAAAGUAAAUAAAGAUGAAAUAAUGAAACAAAUUAUUGGUAAUAAUAAUAACAAUAAUAUUUAAUUAUAACACGUAAUCUCAUGUAAUUAUUUAGCAUCUAAAUGCUAUGGUUUCAGCUGUUUGAGUACAGAUAAAUAUUACAGUGAUGGCAAUGGUUGAAGUGUGCUUUUUUGGGACCAAUAAUUAAGUUUUUUAUGCCUAUUAUCCUUACUGUAGGGUUUGUUAUUCAAUGUACUGCUAAGUGUAUUCAUGCAUUAAUGAAACAGUUCAUUCAUAAAGUGUUUGGAGAGCGACAAGGACAGUAUGUACAAAUGAUUAAGUUGGAGGAAAAUGUCUUUGAUACCUGAAGAGCAGAGAUAAUUGAAGAUGAAGUCAGAGAGUUGAUGAAUAAUACUAUACACACAUAUGACAAUAAUAGCUUGGAUAACAAAUUUUCUCAUUUCAACAUGUUAUCAAAGCUCCUUUAAGAAACAGACACAAAAGCAUUAGUUUUAGUGGGACACAUUAGUAGAUGCCCUUCUUCUGUCUGACCGGCAGACAAUGGCAGUGAAAUAAAGCCGGGUGUAAUAACCUCAUACAUGUAUCCAAAGCUUCUUUGCUUCAAAAAGCUUCAUUUACGCAUUGCUGCCAUUUUGUGGACUAAAAUGUUUGUACUAUAAUAUGUUAUCCCCUUAGCAUUCUGUGUUUGCUCAAUGAUUGAAUGUAAAUGUACUUUUCUGACUUGUACUUUUUUGUUUGUGCGAAUUACCUCAAAAGGAUUUUACAUGUUUCUCAGGGUAAGGUUUUUGUUUGUGUGUUUGUUUGUAUGUUUUCCAUUCUGUAGCCAUCAAAUUUUAAGUCUUGACUGCAACAAAGCUUGCACUGUUGUUUUCCAGGAAAAAAAGAUGCUGUUUGUAUGACACAUUUGACCAGUGUAGCAGGGCGUGUGUCACAGAUGUGCAUGAGAACUCAAGAGGUGACAUCAAAAACUGAUCAUGAAAGCAAUGUCUGAACAGACAGGCUUUUUAGAAUAUCUAUUUUAACUUGAUGGUGGAUUCAAAAUGCAAGACCUAUUAGUCAAGCUAGUUAGUUAUUCUGAUCAUUAUGGCAAUCUGCAGACAGUGCAAAACCAGCAUGUGUGUUUAUGUGUGUCUCAUUGCUGUCCGUCUGCCUGCCUGUCUCGUUUUACCUGUAAUUUCUCAAUAUAUUGAGUUAUACAUCAGAUGAGAUGUGUGCAUGUUUUUUUUCUCCACAAAUUCAAAUUCUCUCCACAUAGUUUAGCUUUCUAAUACUUUGAGAUGUUGGGAAUAUGGUUUAUAAAUUUGUUUUUUUUAAAAUAUUUCUGGCAAGUGGCAAGAGAUUCAAAGUGUUUUUUGCACCUAUGACUAGUGGUUUUCUUAGAAUCUCCAUUGUUGAGCACCCAACUUGAGCAUUUUGUAAGUGACGUGCAUGCUUUUUUUCGUUUUCUACUAGUUUUCACACUUUUAGGUUCCCGCUUUUGUGUGACUCUUGUGUGAGCUACUGAGAAAUUGCUGACUGUUUAACAGAUGCGUUUACAUGAGAUGCCUAUAAGAGGACUGACAUGAUCGGAACGCAGCUUUAUCUCAUCAUCCAAUAAACAUUUGGGUACUAUAAUGAUAUUUCUGCAGAUA